AAAAAAUAAAGAAAAACACUCCGUUUUCGGCAAUAAAUACGGGUGUUCCGAUCGCGUGCAUCGUCCUCCAAGUUUUAGAAACAAACGCACGUUCCUGCACAUCCAACACGCAAUGGCAGACGGUAACAGUUCCGAUGAAGAUUUUUCCGACGAUUGGGUACUGUACGCGCACCGGCCGGAAUGGUCCGAUCUUGAACCAUUGCCACAAGACGAUGGCGAUAAUCCGGUUGUAAUGAUUCAGUACAGUGAGCGCUUUAAUGAUGUGUUUGGAUAUCUGCGAGCGGUCAUUUCACGGCAGGAAAAAUCCGAACGAGCGCUCGAACUGACGAAGGAUGCGGCAAAGCUUAACGCUGCCAACUACACCGUGUGGCAGUACCGUCGAGACAUUCUGAAGGCGCUCAAUGCUGAUCUGUACGAGGAGCUGUCUUACAUCGGGCGCGUUAUAGUGGACAAUUCGAAAAACUAUCAAGUUUGGCACCAUCGUCGCGUGAUCGUAGAAUGGUUAGAUGAUCCGUCGAGCGAGCUGUCCCUGACCGAAAGCAUUCUCGAUAUGGAUGCGAAAAACUAUCAUGCCUGGCAGCACCGACAGUGGGUCAUAAAAAAUUACAAUCUCUUCGACGAUGAGCUGCAUUACGUGGAUCGGUUAAUAUCGGAGGAUAUGCGCAACAAUUCCGCCUGGAACGAGCGAUUCUUUGUGCUGAAACACGUCGGUUUUACACCGGAAGUACUCGAGCGCGAGGUCAACUACGUCAUCACGCGUGUCGGGCUCAUCAAGAACAACGAGAGCCCGUGGAAUUUUUUGCGUGGGCUACUACAGCAGGGCACUGGCAAACUUGGGCAGUUUCCGAUCGUGAUCGAAUUCUGUGAAGCGUUGUACAAUGAUGGCAUCCGGUCACCGUAUCUGCUAGCCUUUCUGGUUGAUCUUUACGAGGAGCAGUACUUCGAGCUGAUCGAAUCGGGUGGAAACGAGGCGGAAGCUGAGCUAUUGCAUCAGAAGGUGCUGGAUUUGUGUGAAUCGAUGGCCAACCAGCACGACAAGAUACGUUCCAAGUACUGGCGAUACAUUGCCGAGAACUUCCGGCGGAAAGCGACCGAACGAGCGACGGCUGGCAGUGGAAGAAAUGGCGUUUAA